AACAUGCCAUGAGUAGUGAAUACAGAGGACAAGCAUGUCCAGCUCCAUAUCUUUAUGUUCCUCCUCCCACGCCCUUUCUGUCUCUGACAGCUGAGAGUCCUUUGGACUUAAGCCUCGAAAACAACCAUCACGUUGUUAUUGAAGAAGCUAGAGCCCGGGGUGGUAGCACAGGCUCCAAAGGAAAAAAGUCAGUUUUCUUGCCCCCUUUUACCCCUGUGGGAAACUGCGAGACCGCCCCUGGAUUAAGUCCCCGCCUUUAAACUCGAAUAAGAAGGAAACUUCAAAGGCCGUCGGCCGCCGGGGCUCCGCCUUCGCGCUCCCAAACGGCUUCACAAAGGAUUUGCCGACGUUCGGGAAUUCCGCCUCCAGUUCCUUUUAUAGCGCCACUCGUGCGCUGGCUGCGCUCCAGGACCCCGCCCCUCCCGGUUACUUUGACAACACAAAGGACUUCACGGAACUCGCAGGCGCCGCCUCCCUUUCCAAAUAAGGGCAGUCUCUCCAUGUACGGCAAACAAUCGGUGCGAGAUUGCCCUUUUCUCUUCCUUAUCCCGUUUAUAUGAUCGGAGAGGAACAGCGCUUCAGGUUGGAAGCGGUGCGAUCAUGGCCGAGCGAGUCCAGCAGCCCCCAGCCAAGCGGCUCUGCUGCAGGCCCGGCUACAACCCGGCAUGCAGGCAGGGGCAGCGGGCUGGAGGAGUCCUGUGUGGCGGCGCAGGGUCCGCUCCGGGAGGGUCGGGGAACGGAAAAACACAUAACCCCGAGUCGUUGCUCGACAUCGCGGCACGCAGAGUCGCGGAGAAGUGGCCGUUUCAGAGGGUGGAGGAGCGGUUCGAGAGGAUCCCGGAACCCGUCCAGCGAAGGAUCGUAUAUUGGUCAUUCCCGAGGAGCGAGAAGGAGAUCUGUAUGUAUUCCUCUUUCAACGCCGGAGGAGAGGAAAGUGGAACUAGCGGGGACAAUAACGACGAGACCCAGCUGCCUUUCCUACGGGGUGUCACUCUGCUAGAGGGUGGCUGGGUGGACAACGUAUUGCAAGUCGGUUUCCAUCUCAGCGGCACAGUGACGGACCCCGCCACACCCUCCGCCCCAGAACUAGUUUGCAGCGUGAGCGUCAGCUUCGACCGCUGCAAGAUCACAGCAGUAACAUGCACCUGCGGCAACAAAGACAUAUUUUACUGCGCCCAUGUAGUGGCGCUGUCGCUUUACAGAGUACGGAAGCCCGAGCAGGUCAAACUGCACCUGCCCAUCUCAGAAACACUGUUCCAGAUGAGCAGAGACCAGCUGCAGAAGUUCGUCCAGUACCUGAUCUCAGUCCACCACACCGAAGUGUUGCCUACUGCGCAGAAACUGGCAGACGAAAUCCUGUCCCAGAACUCGGAGAUCAACCAGGUCCACGGGGCCCGGACCCCCAGCAGAGCAGUGUGGACCGAUGAGUACUGCUGGCACUGGACGAGGAGCGGUUCAGAGCAAGUCAAGCCUUCUCCUGGUCGCAGCGAGCGCGUUACCACGCUCGGGCAAGCAACUCAUCUCUCUUCAGCAAGCGUCAGGCAGGCCAGCGCAUUGCUUCAUCCUACAUAA